AUGAAUGCCUGUGCCAUUCAAGCCUUGGAAGCCGCAGCUCAAAUAUUGAUGGCGCCACCAAAUUUGGUUACAUCAGAGCAACGCCAUCAGGCAGAAAGUGUUUUUUUGGAAUUUCGUACAACAAAGAAUCCUUAUGAAUUAUGUCGGAACAUUCUUGAGAAAUCUACAUCAGAAUAUGUUUUAUUUGAGGCUGCUGGUCUGAUAAAAUCAGGGCUUAUCAGAGAAUGGAGUUUGCUUUCUAAGGAUGAUACUACUUCAAUAAGAGAAUAUUUGUUAAAUUAUUUGCUGAGAAAAGAAAACCCACCAUUUUUAAAGGAGAAAUUGCUGCAGACCAUUGCCAUAAUAAUCAAAAGAGAAAGUGUUGAUGAUGGUGGCCGAGAGAGAAUGGCAUUAUUAGUUGGAGUUCUGGAGCAUAUAAUUCGUUCUGGGCGGAUGCCUGAGGGAGAUCAGGCGCAAUUGACCAAACAGUUGAUAACUAUAGUCGAAACGGUUUUGUGCUGGAGUCACGUGUCCCCCCUGCUAUCGAAAAGAUUGAUUGGUGCGUUUGAAGCCAUAUACGAGAGUGAAACUGCUCCCGCAUUGCGACUUAGCGCAAAUUGGCGCGACACUAUAAUGAAGCCGGAGCUAAUAGCACUGUUCUUUGAGCUACAUGUAUAUGUCAGAUGUAAGCCAGAGCUGGUUGUACCUUCGUUGGCCUGUAUGGUGCAAUUGGCUAGUCUGAGCGGUGUGAUAGUGUCAGAUAGUAAUUUGAAACAGCAAUAUUUGGAGAACUAUGUGAACAACUUUCUGCGCAUGUUGUCUUUCAUACAGCCAUCUGAGAGGGAGAUGCUGGGUAUAUCGGAGAUUUAUCGUAGGCUGAUACAGUUCUUCACGCCGCCUAUGAUUGCGGCGACCCCACCGGCUUUCCUGCAGUUUUUGACAACGUAUACGUGCCAUUGUAUUAGAGGAUCUAUCAUAGAGGAGGGUGUUAACGAGGAGACAGUUCUGAGAGAAGCACUAAAUAAAUUCCUUCAUAGUUGGAGUUCAUUGGUGCAUGAUGUAGACGGUUAUUCGGAGGAUACAUUACGAAAUCCCUGCAUAGAAGUGUUUAAUACCUACCUACAGUGCAGACUGGCUCCACCGGAUGGUAUAAGGGGCCUGGAGGCGAGGGACGGCUGCGGCGACGAGGUGAGGGAGGAGACGGAGGAGGACGAGCGGCAGCUCCACGGCGACGUGCUGAUGACGAUAGGCGCGAUGGCGAGGCGGGCGCCUGCCCACUGCUGCCACGUGCUCUUCACGCUGCUACACGACAGGAGCAAGAGAUUAGAGAGUCAUUUGCAAUUGGUCCACAUGGGGAAGCUACCGGUGAACAGUACCGAUCAGUUGGUCCCACUGUUUGAGGACUUACACUGGAUUCUGAUGAUCAUCGGUCAUUUCCUAGCAGUGGACUGCUCGACGAGCUCGCUGCGGAUACCGACGGAGCUGCUGCAGUACAGCCUCCGAGAGAAUGCCAACAUCGACUCCUCCCUCCGUUACUUGGUCGGCGAGUCGACCGACACGGAGAACGUGGAUCCCAUACUCAAAUUAGUCGGUGCGGUGUUCCGCAUAAGCGAAUGGGAGUGCGCCGCAUUGGAGGCGGGUCUCGGGGGAGUAUUCAGUCCAGAACUUUCCGCGACCAUCUCUUGGUCGCUGAAGAUGUGGGCCAACACGUAUCUAAUAGUUGACCCACCUUCUACUGAGACUUCGUCGGUGGUGGAGUGCGCGUUCCGGCGCGAGUGGGACGGGUCCGCGUGGGCGGUGCGCCGCCUGGCGAGGCGGUGCGGCGUGGUGCUGCGGCGGCUCGGCGCGCAGCCGGUCGCCGCUAGGCACGCGCUGCAACUGCUCGCGCGCACCGCCAACGUCUACCCCAACAAGAACCACCUCGCCGGCUGCCAGGAGUUCAUGGACCUGAUCACGUGGGAGGCCUCGGGCAGCAACCUGCCCGGGGAGCUGAGGAGGGAGCUGCACAGGGUGUUCGCGCGCGUGGUUUUCCUCACUGACGGGGAAGCAAAGAACCGCCUUCUGACCAGCAUGGCGGCGUUACACCAGAACCUGAUGAACAUUCUAAACCUGGACCAGGACACUGAGCCCGUGAGGAACAUGCUCGCCGACACACUCGACUGUUUCCUAGGAGUAGCCGAGGGCAUCAUCGAGUUCGGCCCGAUGGACGAGCAGCUGACGAUGCUGCUCAAUACCCUGGAGAAGGUGCCGGGCAUUAUAUUCAAAUACCACAACUACCCGGUAGUGGUUGUUCCGGCGCUGAAGCUGCUCUCGAGGAGCGCUAAAACCGCGAUGCCCACGGGUCAGCAGGAGACCGUCAACAAGAUCGUGGAAAUUUGCAACGCUACAUUCGAAGUUUACGCGAGAUGGAACUCUGGAAAGAUAUCCAGCAUUCCGCAAGAUGCCGAAGAGGAGGCAUUCGAGGACCUCACCGCGCUGAUGGAGCUGGUGCGGUGGGCGGCGCGCGGCGAGGCGGGGCGCGGCGCGUGCGCGCGCGGGCUGCGGCUGCUGCUGCCGCUGGUGUCGCCCGCGCUGCUCGCGGCGCCCGUGCUCGCGCAGCGCGCCUUCCGCCUGCUCAGGGACCUCGAGGCGGCCGAGAAGCUGUCCUCGCUGCCGAUCGAGGAGUACGGCAUGGUGGUGGCGGCGCUGCGCGUCGGGCUGGCGGCGGUGUCGAGCGACGUGUGCACGCUCUGCUGCGACACCGUCACGGGCCUGGCGGGCGGGGCGCAGGCGGCGGGCGCGGCGCACGCGCAGGCGCUGCUCUCGCUCGCCGAGCUGCUGCUCAUGCUCAUCAUCAAGGGCGAGGUGCCGCCCGACUCGAUCCCGGCGGCCAGCGCGGCCGUGUACGCCCUCACGUGCCUGAAGCCGUCGCUGCUGGAGGGCCUGGCGCGGCAGGUGAUCGGCGCGUUCGCCGCCGGCGACCCGGCCAACGCGCCCCGCCUCGAGGACGCCUUCCGGCUGCUCACCGGCGGCGUGCUGUUCGACGGCCACCGCCCGCACAAGAUUCGCUUCCAGGACAACUUCGACAAGUUCCUGGCGAGCGUGCACGGCUUCCUCAUCGUCAAG